GUCGUUUUCAUGCCCCCUCUCUCCGCUGGAUUUGAGCCUCCCCAUCUCACCAUUGCCAGGCACCUCUCCUAGCUCGCCGGAGCCGCAGGCUACACAACGAGACAGGAUCCGCUUCUUUCAGAGUCCGGAGGUCCAGCGAGACGGGUCCUCAUGGCCUCCGCGCGUCCGGGUGGCUCCCUCGCGACCUUGAGUUCUACGCUCUCUCAACUACAGACGCUGAAGAGACCGUUCCUCGGCGGUUCCGCUUAAGGGAGCUCAUUGGUAGCAUAACAAUGGAGGUUGUCGUCGGUGCUUCCACGGGGGUGAUGAAACCGCUCUUGUCCAAGCUCACCAGGCUGCUGGAGGAAGAGUACGACAAGCUCAGAGGUGUGAGCAAGCAGAUCAGGUUCUUGAGAGACGAGCUGAGCUCCAUGAGUAUCACGCUCCAGAUGCUCGCUGAUGCAGAGGAUCUCAGCGAUCUCAUGAAAGAUUGGAGGGACAAGUUACGCGAGCUGGUCUAUGAUAUUGAGGAUUGUGUGGAUGCCUUCAUGGUUCGUGUUGACCAUGAUGGACCCAAGGGCUUCAAGGGAUUCGCUCGCAAGCUGAAGAAACUGUUAGCACGCCAUGAGAUCGCCAAUAAAAUUGAAGAACUCAAAAGCCGUGUAAUGGAGGUAAGCGAGAGGCACAAGAGGUAUAGUCUUGUUGAGCAGGUGCAUGCAUCAAUGAGGUAUAGUCAUGUCGAGCAGGCAUCAAACUCUUGCACCAUUUUCAUUGACUCCCGACUGCCAGCGCUCUAUGAGGAGAUAGACAAGCUCGUGGGCAUUGAUGGUCCUAAGAAACAUAUCAUUGAGCGGUUAUCCAUAGGGAUCGAUGGUUAUUCCACGGAACUUAAAGUGAUAUCAAUUGCUGGUUGUGGAGGUCUUGGCAAGACAACUCUUGCAAACCAAGUCUACCACACCAUUAAAGACCAGUUUCAGUGUGCAGCUUUUGUAUCGGUAUCUCGAACUCCUGAUAUAAGAAAGAUUCUUAGAGACAUUGCUAGAGGAGUGGGGAUCACCGACAACAUAUUGGAUGAUGACGUGCAACAACUCAUUAAUAAACUUAGAGAACACCUCCAGGAUAAAAGGUACUUCAUUGUAAUUGAUGAUGUAUGGGUUGAAAAAGAUUGGGAAAUUAUCAGGCUUGCAUUAUUGGAUAAUAAUUGUGGGAGCAGAGUGAUCACUACGACGCGUAGUAUUCCAGUUGCAACAUGUUGUUCUUCUCAAGGCGGAUACUUUUAUCAAAUGGAGCCUCUUAGCUUAGAUGACUCCAAAAGGUUGUUUUUUAAAAGAGCAUUUGAUUCUGAGAAUUCAUGCAAUCCUCAUUUGGAAGAUGUUCCAGAUAGAAUAUUAAGAAAAUGUGGUGGUCUACCGUUGGCAAUUAUUACUGUAUCUAGCAUGUUAAGCAAUGAGCAUGCAAGAGUAGAAUGGGAUCGGGUAUUAAAUGCUAUUGGUUCUGCACUUGCAAAUAAUCCUGAUGCUGAGAAGAUGACGAGUAUUUUAUCUCUGAGUUACUAUGAUCUUCCUCACCAUCUAAGAACUUGUUUGUUGUAUCUGAGUGUAUUCCCAGGAUAUCAUUGGAUAGAGAAAAAGUGCUUAAUAAAUAGAUGGAUUGCUGAAGGGUUCGUUCAUGAGGAACAAGAGCGCAGUGCAUAUGAAAUUGGUGAAUGUUAUUUUAAUGAUCUCAUCAAUAGAAGCAUGAUCCAACCUGGUCGCGUAAAGUAUGGUCAGGCGAAGGAAUGUCGAGUUCAUGACAUCAUUCUUGACUACAUCAAAUGCAAGGCUGCGGAGGAGAAUUUUGUAACCACAUUAGAUGCUGCGGAGCGUGGAUACACUUCAGAAUACAAGGUUCGUAGGCUUUGUGUCAACAACCCCAAUGAAGAAAAUGUUACAAUAUGUGCAGACCUGAUUCUGUCUAAUGUUCGGUCGUUUACUAUAUUUGGGUACCCCAUGCAAUCCUCUUUGUUGGCUUUCACGUCUCUUCGUUUGCUGGAUCUAGGAAAUUGCACGGGCAUGAAAGACCAUCAUCUUGUAAAUAUUGAAAUGAUGUUUCAUCUGAAGUACUUACGUCUCCGCUCAAUAACUAAGCUCCCUGAGAAAAUUGGGGAACUGCAAUAUCUACUAACACUGGAUGUACGAGGCACCAGCAUUGAAGAACUGCCUCCAGCUAUCACAAAGCUUCAACGACUGGCCCAUUUAUAUGUUGAUCGGGACACUAAAUUUCCAGAGGGAAUGAUUGGACAGAUGCGCAACUUGGAAGAGCUAAGGCAGUAUGGAGUCAAAUCCGAGGAACAAGGGAAGGCCCUGAAAGAAUUCAGUAAACUAACCAAGCUGAGGACAUUAAAAAUUAGAUGGAAUUUUGAUUUUCCAGAUGGCUCAGAUGGAUUAAGCCAAGCUGAGGGCAUUCACAGUUAUGCGGGAACUUUAUUAUCUUCAUGCAACCUUCAUAAUCUAUAUCUCUCGGACUCCUUAGAAAUGUACACGAUGCUCCCGAACUCCUUAGAAACGUACCCGCUGUCGUUGGAUUCAUGGCACCCUGCUGCUCCCUGUAGCCUCCGGAAGCUUUGCCUGAAAUACUUUCACAUCUACAAGGUGCCAAAUUGGAUGGGCUCAUUUGGAAAUCUCGGGGUGCUAAAAUUGUAUAUCAUGUGUUUGAGACCAGAAGAUGUUGAGAUCCUUGGAGCAAUACCCAGUUUGCUUUUUCUCAAACUAAGCACUCACGGAGGCACCAAUGGAAGGAUUAUUGUCCAUGAAAGCAAUGGAUUCAGAAGUCUGAAAUAUUUCUUCCUAUGCAUCGAUAACUGUGGGACCGCACUGGAGUUUGAAGUGGGAUCGAUGCCAAAGCUUGAGCACGUCAAGCUUGAGUUCUGUGUGCAUAAGAUGGAGUGCCUGAAUGGUGCUUCUAAUUUCGGCAUCCAGCACCUCUCCGCUCUCAGCAAGGUUGAGGUCAUUAUUCGAGGCAACAGCAGGUAUGACAGUGACUAUGAUGAUGGCACCAUCAAAUGUGUUACAAGCGCCAUUAAAACUGCCGUCGAGACACUUCCCAACCACCCCACUAUCAGAACAGAUUACAUAUAUCCGUGUGUUCAUUUCAAGUUCCAUUUGAACCGGUUGAAUCAAGAGCUGGAGGGGGCGUUAAGCGAGUGGCUCAAAAUUUGGCAGAUUGAAGAGGAGCAGACAGAGCAUGCAACGGAUGGAGAGACUGCACAAAAGGAUGAGACUGAUUAAGAUGAAGAAGAGGAGCAGCAAGAGAACAACAGUAGCAGCAACUAGAACGCCAUAUGAGUUGCUGCUACCCUUCCAUGGUACUAUGCUUUGAAUUGUGAUGUGAAGACAGCAUGACUUUUGAAUUGUACCCUUCCAUGGUCCGAGAACAGAGGUUGACCUUUUUGUAUUUCUGCUACUAUGCUUUGGCGUGGUUUUUGUUGCUUGUAAUAAGUACCUACCAAUAAAACCUGGAGGUGACUAAUAUUUGUUCCUCUUCCUAAUCAGAUUUUCACGAUUCAAUUAACUAAUCUAUGCUUCUAUGAUUCUAUGAUA